AUGGACGCAGAGCAGCAGGAGCCGCUCGUCUUCCACGAGUCGUCCAUCCCCGUCGAUGGCGCCGCCAAGAAGCGCUCUGGCGGCGGUGGACUGCACUGCUGCGCUGUCACUGCUGUGGUGCUGCUGGCGCUGUUGGGCGGCGCCGUGGUGCUGGGCAUCGGGUACCUGGCGCGCCAGAUUAUCAACGACACAAUGUACCCUACGCGCACACAUGCGCUCGCCUCGCAUCAUGCGCAGCGCUUCAACGCCUCGCAGGUGCAUCCGCUCAUCGAUGCGCGCUCCACGUUCCACAUGCACGCAACCGUGUGGCAGGACGUCACGGACCUUCUCGCGCGCGGUGGAAGCUUGCCCGAGCGCGACACGCCCUGGGAGCUCGUCGAGACCGUCCUGCCCAAACGAAGCGGCUUGCUGGCGCUCGACAACUACACCCGCACCGAAGCGAUCGUUUACGAGGGUCAGAUCGGCGGCGACCUUACGCUUGCCGACGAGGUCCACACGUCGAUCUCGCUGCGAGUGCCGAUCGCGCCGCUGUACACAGCCAACCUCGGCCCUUCGUCGCUGCGCGCUACUUUCAGUCUCUCGGUGCCCGAGCAUGAAGCGUCAGAGCUGGGUGCGUUCCGCAAUGUGUCGUACAUCUUUGGAUCGGGGCUACCGAUGCUGCCUCGCAGGAAGGAUUCGACGCUGCGACCGGCCGAGAGCGACCUCAAUACGGCGCUGGCCGAUGUGGGCGUGAGUGCGCCGCUGCUCGAGCUCGUGCCUUCGCCCUGGUUCCGCGCCAAUGCCAACGGCGACCCAAUGGCUUCUACGAUCAACAUGGACCGCGCCAGCGCCAUGUUCAGUGCGCACCCUGCCCAGCUGCGCUUCCUCAAUCCCGUCAUCUCGGCCGACACCCAGCCAGAGGGCAUGCCGGAGCUGCUGGGCUAUCGUGGAAACAUCGUGGUCCCGCACGUUCGCACGCGCAGCCGCAUUGGCAUCGUCCGCUCCACCGACGUGUUCGAAAACGCCACCUAUCAGGCGCAGCAUUUUGCGGCACAGGUGGAUGCGGCUCAUGCGUGCAGCACACGCGUCGGGGGCGUGUGCGAACGUGCGUACCGCAAACAUCCCUUUGAGACGAUGCUAACGUUCGAACCGGAGGAGGAUAAGGAGGUGCACUACUAUGCGCCUGUGCUCACGCAGAUGCAUCUGCUCGGGUCGGCUCACUCCAAGAGACGCAUUCCCAAGCACUUGCCGCUGCCGGGCGAGCCGCUGGCACAGGCGCUCAGGAGCAAUGCUAGUGCACAGUGCGAGAUCCCGCCCGUCAGCCUGGACGACAAGAGGGAGUACAUGCACUUUGACUGGAGCAUUUACGUGUCUGCCCACCAGGUUGCGCGUGCGUCGCUGGCAGAGUCGGCCUCGACGACGUUUUACCGUGCCAAACCUGCACCGCUUCGUCAGGGAGAGGAGGGCGACAAGGAGAUCGUGGCCAACACCAUUGCUGAUAUGGGAAUGGCCACCUCGAUGGACAGGUUCAUGACGGGAGAUCGCUACCACGCUUCUGAUCGACCGGGUCGACUGGUCGCCAGCAGUCUCGCCACGCUAGUGUGGAACGACAUUGCCGAUCCGAUUCUGUUGUUUGUGUACUGGUACACACGUGCCACGAGUGCCGGGCUGUGGGCAGAAGCCCAAUGGGCACACAUCGCACUUCACAUCGGCGGCUUUUUCCUCUGGCUACUUCGACCCUUGUACGCUGAGGCCGAGUUUUCGCUCGUCGAGCUCUUCUUCCAACUGCUCGGACUUGUCUAUCUCGUGUACCAAGUAUCGACGAUUCUGCAACUUGAACGACCGCCGAAGUUCUCCGCGGCUAAAUGGUGGAAGCGCAAUCCGCUGGCCUUCCGUCGUCGCCGUUUGACGCGCCACGAACGCUCUUCCAUCGCCAUUGCUCGUUCGAUCAACAAGACUCCAUUCUACAUUAUCUUCGGGCUGAUUGUGGUGUUUCAAAUCACCACUGAUGAUCGAGUUCUUCACUGGGCAUCGUCCGAUGAGUGUUUUAUCGAUGAUGCACGGGGGACACAACAGGCCGGCACCUCUUCAACCCUCCAAGCAGCCUUUAUUGGAUUCGCUGCCAUUGGUGCUUCGCUCAAACACUCUGUCGAACUAGCUCAGGCCUGGUUCAACUAUCGCAACAAGACCUACGCCGGAACGUUCAAGAUCACCGCCGUCACACAGCCCGUCGUUGCAGCAACCCUAUUUGCAACCCUCUACGCAGAACGUCUGAGCAAACAUACCUCGAAUUCAUACCCCCUAGGCCCACACGCCAUCCUCGAAGUCGCAGUCCCCGCAAUCCUCGCCGCUCAAGCCGUCGUCUACCCAGGCAUCAAACAGGUCAAAGACAAGGACGAGGACAACGAAUAG